CACGGGGGCGUGGUCGGGGAGGGGCAGCUGGAGCCCCGAGCGACCGCUGGCCAGCGAAGUGCCACACUCGCUUGUUUGAGGAGAACGGCGCUCCGCCGGGUGAGCACAGCCUAGGAGAUGGCCGUGAUGGAGGUGCCCUGUCCAGGCACUCCUGGGGCAGCAGUCGGGCAGCAGAAGGAGCUUGCCAAAGCCAAGGAGAAGACGCAGUCACUGGGCAAGAAGCAGAGCUGCAUCUUCAAGCUUGAGGCCGUGGAGAAGAGCCCUGUGUUCUGUGGGAAGUGGGGGAUCCUGAACGACGUGAUCACCAAAGGCACCGCCAAGGAAGGUUCCGAGGGUGGACCACCCGCCAUCUCCAUCAUCGCCCAGGCUGAAUGUGAGAAUAGCCAAGAGUUCAGCCCCACCUUCUCAGAGCGCAUUUUCAUCGCUGGGUCACAGCAGUACAGCCAGUCUGAGAGUCUCGAUCAAAUCCCCAACAAUGUGGCCCAUGCGACUGAAGGCAAAAUGACCCGAGUGUGCCGGACAGGAAAGCGUCACAGCAAAGCCCGGAAAAAACGUAGGAAGAAGAGGUCGAAGUCACUGGCCCAGGCAGGAGUGGCCUUAGCCAAGCCCCUGCCCAGAAUCCCUGAGCAAGAGAGCUGUACCGUCCCAGUGCAGGAAGACGAGUCUCCACUAGGCAACCUGUAUGCCAGAAAUGUCUCCCAGUUCACCAAGCCUCUGAGGGGACCAGGCCUUAGCCACCUGUGCUUUCAAAAACAAGAUGAAGGCCUGCGACCGGUACUGCCUCGACCAGAACUCCACAAACUGAUCAGCCCCUUGCAAUGUCUAAACCACGUGUGGAAACUCCACCACCCCCAGGCCGCAGGCCCCCUGCCCCACCUCACUCACCCAUUCCCCUACAGCGGAAUGCCUCAUCCUUUCCCGGUCUACCCCCUGGAGCCCUGGAGACCCUGUACGCUGGACUCCGCCUUCCUGGACAAACUAGCCGUUGUAAGUGGCCAGCGGCCUCUACCUGGCCCACCACACCUAAGCAAACUGGCCUAUGGAGACAGUCAGAAGCCCCUGCCUGGCCCACACCUGGAGUCCAGCGGCCUGUCCCAGGGUGCCCUAGAAAAGGUUCCUGUGGAAGAAUACCUGGUGCAUGCCCUACAAGGAAGUGUGAGCUCAGGCCAGGCCCACAGCCUGGCCAGCCUGGCUAAGACAUGGUCAUCAGGGAGCUCCAAGAUGCAGAGGCUCAGCCCUGAAACUGAAGACAACGAGGGGGUCCUGCUCACCGAGAAACUCAAACCAGUGGAUUAUGAGUACCGAGAAGAGGUGCACUGGAUGGCACAGCAGCCUCGUGUGGGCAGGGGCUCCUUCGGCGAGGUCCACAGGAUGAAAGACAAGCAGACAGGCUUCCAGUGUGCUGUCAAGAAGGUACGGCUCGAGGUGUUCCGGGCAGAGGAACUGGUGGCCUGUGCCGGACUGAACUCGCCCAGAAUCGUCCCUCUCUAUGGGGCCGUGAGAGAAGGCCCAUGGGUGAACAUCUUCAUGGAGCUGCUGGAAGGUGGCUCGCUAGGCCAGCUCAUAAAGCAGAAGGGCUGUCUACCAGAAGACCGAGCCCUUUACUACCUGGGCCAGGCCCUGGAGGGGCUGGAGUACCUCCAUCUACGCAGGAUUCUGCAUGGCGACGUCAAAGCUGACAACGUGCUCCUGUCCAGUGACGGAAGCCGAGCCGCCCUCUGCGACUUUGGCCAUGCCUUGUGCCUGCAACCUGACGGCCUAGGAAAAUCCUUGCUCACAGGGGACUACAUUCCUGGCACGGAGACCCACAUGGCCCCGGAAGUGGUGAUGGGAAAGCCGUGUGAUGCCAAGGUGGACGUCUGGAGCGGCUGCUGUAUGAUGCUACACAUGCUCAAUGGCUGCCACCCCUGGACGCAGUACUUCCGAGGCCCGCUCUGUCUCAAGAUUGCCAGCGAGCCUCCACCUGUCAGGGAGAUCCCGCCUUCCUGCGCACCCCUCACAGCCCAGGCCAUUCAAGAGGGGCUGAGGAAAGAGCCGGUCCACAGAGCAUCUGCCACAGAGCUUCGGAGGAGAGUGGGCGAGGCAUUACAGGAAGUGGGAGGUCUGCAAAGCCCCUGGAGAGGAGACUAUAAAGAACCAAGACCUCCACCCCAGGACCAAAGCGCCUGCCACCAGACCCUACAGACCCCACCGAGACAGAACCCACCAGCCAAGGCCAACACAGGCGGGGCCCCUGAGCCUCAGCCUCCUCUACCACCGGAACCACCAGAACCGAACAGAGCGCCAGCCCUGAACCUGAGCAAGGAGGAGUCUGGCACAUGGGAACCCCUGCCUCUGUCCUCCCUGGACCCAGCCCCUGCCAAAGGCCCCAGCUUCCCAGACCGCAGGGCAACCUUCCCUGAGCUGGAGCUGCAGCAGCUGGAGAUAGAACUGUUUCUCAACAGCCUGUCCCAGCCGUUUUCUCUAGAGGAACAGGAACAGAUUCUCUCCUGCCUCAGCAUCGACAGCCUCUCCCUGUCAGAGGACAGUGAAAAGAACCCAUCGAAGGCCUCUCAGAGCUCACGGGACACCCUGAGUUCCGGCGUGCACUCUUGGAGCAGCCAAGCGGAGGCGAGGAGCUCCAGCUGCAGCAUGGCGCUGGCCCGGGCGCGGCCUCCUGACAUCCCCAGCUACUUCAAUGGUGUCAAGGUCCAGAUACAGUCUCUCAAUGGUGAACACCUGCACAUCCGGGAAUUCCACCGGGUCAAGGUGGGAGACAUCGCAACCGGCAUCAGCAGCCAGAUCCCAGCCACAGCUUUCAGCUUGGUGACCAAAGAUGGACAGCCUGUUUGCUAUGACAUGGAGGUGCCAGACUCGGGCAUCGACCUGCAGUGCACCCUCGCCCCUGACGGCAGUUUUGCUUGGACCUGGAGGGUCAAGCACGGUCAGCUGGAGAACCGACCCUAGCUCUGUCUUCCACCACCAGCUCCACUCCGUGGUUCAGCACGAACACACAAAGACCCGGGGCUCACAGCAGAGCAGCGAAGGGAGCAAAGCACCUCCCAGGACUUGUCUCCUGAGCGCUGCUGGCCCUGGCAGGAGAAACUCUUCCCUCAUGAGGAGGCAAAGAGGAAGUCAGGGGUCUCUGAUGCUCCAGACAAGGUAGCCAGACCCACGUGGACCAGUCAGCCCCUGCCAGCGGUUGGGGAGCAGCUUCUAGCCUGGGUCACGAAGAGCAGGUACCCCUAGGAAGGCAGGAGAGCGUCUAGGGGUUCCUGCCCAGCUCCUAUAGGGCAAGGCGGUAGGGCCGCCCAGGGGCUGUGGAGUCCUUGGCCCUGUGUCUAGCCUUCCCGACCUUUAGUGUGAGGAGGAAGGAGCAGGAAGGACACUAGAAUGCCCCGAGCCUUCAGGUUAUUGCAGCCCACGUCCGUCCCGGGUUGAGCUCCUUGAGCAGCCAAGGACCAUAGUAGAGAAGUGAUUCUCCAGCCUCACCUCACGGGUGUGGCUGCUGGACAGAGCUCCUCACUCCUCCGCAUCAGCCCCUGGCGCGCUAGUCCCUCGCCUGAGGCAGUGAGGGAUGAUGUGAGACCCACCUGAUAAGAAUGCUCUGCAAAUGAUAGAUGCUCAAGAAGGCCACAAAAGCAGGGCUCGCCACCGUCUGGGGCACACAGUCAGUAUCCAGCAUGCCAGCUGCGGGGUGGCAAGACAUGGCCAGCAGCACUUUGCACUCCCAUGACCUCCAAGCACUUUCCUGGCUGCCUACCAGCAGAGCGGGCAAAGAGGGAGUGGAUGGGGUGGGAAGGGACUGUCCUGACCCAUCCUCCACGCAGGCUGGGCCCCUCAAGCUUCUUUCAGACUUAAAAUGAGCAUCCCACUCCACCCCCACUGCCCUAGCUGGGCCUUCUCCUGGUGGGACUGGGAAAUAGCUGCUUAGGACUCAUUGUAGCAUUAAGUUAACUGUGAAUCAUUUGUAGGGAGGGGCACAGAAACUUCUCCUCUGGAGAAGCUCCUCCCCCGACCUCAUCCAGCCAGGAGAGCUUCUGUCCAGCUGUUUGCACAGACCUAGGCUGCUCCUGGCCCCAGCACAUGAACUGCAGCCACAGGGCCGCAUUUGGGGUGUAUUGAACUCUGUAAGCAAUAAAAUUUGGAAUGAA